AUGGAUCUAUUUUAUGAAGACAAGAGCUUCUGGGGCCACUGCUAUGAAUGUAGCAGUGACCACCUUGACCUGCAGUUCUGUGUGAAACAAUGCAAUUCCAUCUGGGUGGAAAAAGGCAGCUGGAUGAUUUACGAGAACCCCAAUUACUCAGGACACCAGUCUUUACAAAGGGGAGAGUAUCCUGACUUCCAGAAGGGGUUCAGUCUCUGCGACUCCGUCAGGUCUUGCCAUGUAAUCCUACAAAGUUCUGUUUCCCACAAGAUUCAGCUCUAUGAAAAACAAGGUCAAAUGUUGGAUUUCACUGAUGAUUGCUCAUCAGUCCCAGGCUGCAUGUAUCUCCCUGAGAUCUGCUCCCUCAAUGUUUUAGGUGGCUCUUGGAUCUUGUAUGAAAUGCCAGACUUCAGGGGCCGAUAGUAUUUGCUGAAACCCAGCGAAUACAGAAGAUUCCUUGACUGGGGUGCAGUAAAUGCUAAAAUUGUCUCUUUGCUGAGGCUGGCUGACUUGCACUGA